AGCAGCAGCAACACCAUAGACGAGACGGAGACGAAGCAGAGGAGAUCGGAAGCAGAGUAACCAUGGCGGGCGGCGGCGGCGGCGAUCUCCUCCUUCUUCUGCACGUGCUACUCCUCGCGGCGGUCAUGUCGGCGAGAGCCCCGACGGCGCACGCGUGGGGCAAGGAGGGCCACUACAUGGUCUGCAAGAUCGCCGAGGGCUUCCUGACGGAGGAGGCGGCGACGGCGGUGAAGGAGCUCCUCCCCGGGUGGGCCGGCGGCGACCUCGCGGAGACGUGCUCGUGGGCGGACACCGAGCGGUUCCGGUACCGGUGGUCCAGCCCGCUCCACUUCGCCGACACCCCCGGCGACUGCCAGUUCAACUACGCCCGGGACUGCCACAACACAAACGGAGAGAAGGACAUGUGUGUUGUUGGAGCGAUCAACAACUACACCAGCGCGCUGAAGGACUCAUCAAGUCCAUAUGAUCCGACCGAGAGCUUGAUGUUCCUGGCACACUUCGUCGGCGACGUCCACCAGCCUCUCCAUUGCGGCCACGUCAAAGAUCUUGGUGGCAACACCAUCAUUGUCCAUUGGUACAGAAGGAAGAGUAACCUUCACCACGUAUGGGAUGUGAACGUCAUCGAGAAAGCCAUGAAGGACUUCUACAACGACGACGUAGCCACCAUGAUAAAGGCCAUCAAGAUGAACAUCACUGAUGAGUGGUCCAACGAAGAGAAGCAGUGGGAGACUUGCCGUAGCCGAACAAAGACCUGUGCCGACAAGUACGCCGAGGAGAGUGCAGAGCUUGCUUGCAAAGCGUAUGAGGGUGUUGAGCAAGAAUCCACCUUAGGAGAUGACUACUUCUUCGAAGCACUGCCGGUUGUCCAGAAGAGGAUAGCUCAAGGAGGCGUGAGGCUUGCCGCAAUACUCAACGGGAUCUUCGGUGGGAACAGAAGGAUUCAGAGCAGUUGAUCCAAUAGAAAUUAAACAGAAGAACGAUUAAGGAAUCAACCCGCGUUCUGGAUUAGAAUAAGAUUAUCCUGUCUGACCAUGUUAACUUCACCAUCACGAUUAGAUGUAUCCUCAUUUAGUCAUUUGUCAAAGUAACUUAGACAGCUACAGAACAUAAACAUUGUAACAUUGUGAUAUCUGUAUGCAAGUGAUGAUUCAUGGACAUUGCACUGUUUAUUGUACUA